GGACUUUUUAGGCUAACGUCCAAGCCCGCUCUUUCUCAUUAAUAUCCUCCCAUCACUCAUUUACAUAAUACAAAAGUAUAACUCCAUUAAUGGAGCUUGAGCUAUUUCUAAGGAAGAAGAAGAAAUAAUGCAGGGAGGGAGGAGAGAAGCAGAAGAGAGCUCCAAAAUCAGAUCCCUUACAAAGGAAACCAAACUUCCUAUUUAUAGAGUGGGGGAUGUGUCACGCCCCGGACCUAUCCGGACACGUCAACAACCCGCCGUACAAUACGAAUAGUCAACCGCAGUCCAACACAUUCAUAUUAUACAAGGCGUCUUGAAUAUCAUUCACACAUAUACAUCCAUAAACAAACAUAAUAAGUAAUUCAUAACGCAGCGGAAACAUUGUUUAAAACAAAAGGGCCACACAAGGCAUUUCAUGAGCACGCAGGCUCCAUAGUAAAAUAUCCAUGAGCAUGUUUAGAAAGGUUUAAAAACAGAAUGGAGGAAGCACGAACCAAGUCUUCCCUCCUAUAUGAUCUCUCGAGCAACGAGCACAGGAAGCAAGCUCUAGCCUCAACCUGAAAAAUGGUGGUGGGACGCCCCCGAAGGGGUCAGCACUCUAUAGGGCUAUAAAGUGCUGGUGUGGCAGGCAUCUAAUAGAUAUACAACAAGUAUUUCACACACAAGACCCUCAAAUAGGGUGAUAAUAUAGUAUAGGCCGUAAUCCCAGAUUACCCCUUUCAAAAUACAUACUUACUUUAUAUAAAGUCAAGUAGUCGGCUCAAAGGCCCGUGUUUGUUAUAAAACAUUUCCCAAACCCCGUGACUAAUAGUCACGACAAUACAUAGGGUCCAACCCUAAUAUAACUUCUCAUUUCUAGAGUUAGGCUCGAGUACAUCAUCAUGCACUCGCAUCAUAGAUCUCCUACUUCAUAUAAUCAUACCAUAGAUCUCCUACUUCAUGUAUUCACCCCAUAGAUCUCCUACUUCAUACAAUCCCACCAUAGAUCUCCUACUUCAUAUAAUCACACCAUAGAUCUCCUACUUCAUAUAAUCACACCAUAGAUCUCCUACUUCAUAUAAUCACACCAUAGAUCUCCUACUUCAUACAAUCACACUUGACACUUGAAUCUUAUUCAAGUUCAUCACAAACAACUCAAACCUUAAGUUUGAUUCUAUCAACAUUUUGAACAAUCCUUAACUAGCAUCACAAUACUAUUAAGAUUAUUCCUACAACUCAUUUAUCAUAAAUGGUAGCCCCUCCAUAUCAAUAGAUAUGUGGCAGCCUCCCAUGUGCUAAGCAUCAUCAUGAAAUUAUACAUUUACAUACACAUAACAUUCAUACGUGAGUUGGAAGGUCAAUUUACCAUAUUAGCAUACUUUUAUCUCACAUGACUCCAUAUUCAUCAAUAUGGUUUCAAUUCAUGGUCAAGUCCAUUACUUAUCAUUCAUAUCAUGUUCAAGCAUAUUUAUUCACAAAAACAUGAUUCAAGCAUUUAGGUAAUCUCAUGCAUAACCUACAAGUUGUAAGCAACUAGAUGUCGGUCCUCACCUCAAAUGAGCUUUAAAACCUUCCUUCUCGCUCCAACGACCAAAGCCUCGGCCAAGAAGGUUUUAGAACUGAUUCCUUGCUUGGAAUUGAGUGUUAAACAGCCCCCUCAAAGUGCUAGUUCAACUCCUAACUGAAGACGCAAAAACAGUCCCUAGAACGGGUGUUUCCCGACGAAUUCGUUCCCUAACCUUUCAAGGUUUUGUCUAGACAAUAGAGAGGAAGAUUUUGGAUUCAAACUUACUUUGAAUACAAAAACGUAUUCUGCGAGGUUGUGUUUUGCUCGGACGAUUUGGAAGCCUUCCACUACUCCGAUUGAUGCAAACCAGACAUCCACGGAUUCCUCGUCUUGAGAGCUUUCUUUUGGUAUCUUAUACGCCUUAAUUGGACGAGUGAAUCUCGAGUUAUGGCUCAAACAAUCAGAGCUACGCACUGAAGAACGAACCUGCGGACAGCUUGCUCUCUCUUUGGCUUAUCUUGGUUAUGUGGCUCUCUCCUUCUCUCUUAUCUUGGGUAUUUCGAAUGGGGUGUAGGGGGGAGUGUAAAGGAUGCCUUAAACAUGCUAAGAGAGCAUGUGGCUCACAAAAGAGCAUGGGAGACAUUGGUUUGCAAUCAAAUGUGAGGUACUCAAGUCAUGUGGAGUGGUUCCCAAUUGAUCCCAAUCAUUUUGGGGUCCAAAAUAUAUAUCAAUACUUCCAAAAAUGGGAAGAUGGGUCCUAUAGUUUCAUCUUUUGUCAAAGAUGUCUUUUUGUACUCAUCCUAAUUUAUUUAGAACAAGUCAACUUCCUCCAUCACAUUAUUGAUCUCCAAUAUGUGUAGGUUCAUCACAAUAAUUUACUUGAUGGAUAUCAUAGCAGGAAAAUCCUACUCCCAUUAUUUAGCUCAAUAAUGCCAAAGAUGGGGUUAUAGGCAUUUGUAUUCUUCUUUAAUCAUUCUAUCACUUAUUUGACAUUUGUCAUACAUAUUAUUGGGCUACUAGCCGUGUGGGUCACUCCCGAGUGGGUCUAGAACGUCAUUCUCGAAUACUUGCUAUUUUUAGCAGGUUGGGCCCCAAAAAUGUUUGGGCCGCCCGACCUUCCUCAAAUUGUCUUGAAAGAUUAUGUAUCACUAUUUAGAUAAUGUUGGGUUUUUUAUUUAUUUAUUAAUAAGUCC